AUGGAUAAUAUAAAAGCAAUCGCAUCAGAACGACUAGGGAUAAUAGCUGCUGAGAAUGAAGAGCGACCAACUGAUGUUAUAGAACUCAUAGAAAGAUCAUUGGCGAUGGAGGCAGUUUCUUCAGAAGAAGAAGACAAAGAGGUACAAAAACUGGUUCUGUCACUGUUAUCCCAGCAUAUGCUUUAUGAAGGAAUACCACAUGAUAUUAGACCCACCCUAUCAAGGAUUCCUUACAACUUUAGAUCCCGGAUGACUGUGAAAAACGUUAAUGAAGCUUUAAGUAAACUUAUUAUUGACUACCCUGAAAUGGACAUUGAAGCUGUUUGUCAUUGGGCUUAUGUUGCAGCUAGAGUCGUUAUUAUCGAACUAGGUUUAGGAGAAGAUAUACCAAAGGAAGAUAAUGGCUAUAUGAAACCCCCACGUUGGCAGAGAAGAUUAGAGAAUAAAAUAGCUUCGCUAAGGCCAAGCAUUGGGAAACAAGAUGUUAAUAGAACCGUUAAUGAAAAUCAACUAGCAUUGGCUGGCUCAAGUAGAAUAACCGUUGGCCCGGUGAAGCACCUCAUCAUCCUAACUCCCUGGUUCAAUUACUAUCUCUGA